AUGGGCAAGACCUACACUUACAUCCCCGAGGACUUGAUCGACUGGGCCGAGAAGCAGAAGGCGUUCUGGGUCGCCACAGCACCCCUAGACGGCGAAGGGCAUGUCAACGUUUCUCCCAAGGGCGUAGAGGGGACGUUCCAUGUCGUAGAUAAGAACAGAGUGUGGUAUGAGGAUCUGACGGGAAGCGGCGCCGAAACGGUCUCCCAUCUGCGCGAGAAUGGGCGCAUCACGAUCUUGUUCCAGGCAUUCGACGGUGGCCCGCGCAUCCUGCGCCUCUUUGGGAGAGGCACUGUGCACGAGUUUGGCACGCCGGAGUACGAACUGCUCCUCCCGCCAGGCAAACGGCAACCAGGCUCACGAGCCGCGAUUGUGGUAGAUGUUCACCGCGUCGGCACGUCUUGCGGAUGGGGUGUUCCGUUCUACCAAUACGUCGGCCCGCGGGACACCUUGACCAAUUUCGGUGUCAAGAUGGAGAAGAACGAAGGCGCGGCGUUGAAGAAGUACUGGAACGACACGAACGUCCGCAGCGUGGAUGGUCUCCCUAGCUUGCAGACGGCGCCGACGACGGAUGUUGUCCCGGACGCCGCUGUCAAGGAGGUGAAGGGCGGCCUUCCAACGUACAGAUCUACACAGACUAUUUCGGCGCAGAAAGGCGCGCAGCAUUCAGUCGUGCACUUGCUUCUGGCUUUCACCGCGGGCAUCCUCGCGACGAUUGUGUUUGUGAGGUUCUCUACCGUGGCUCGGGAGAUGGUGGUCUGA